AUGUUCGUAUCUCGUGCCCUAUUGCGACGUCCUCGACUACCAUUCCUAGCAAAAGACCAACUACCAGACCUCAAUAAAGUUCAUCCGAUACUCGAUUUUGAAGGCGGACACUUUAAUCAAAAGUUCCCCGUUACGAAACCCGAAGUGAUUCUUAACUCACAACUAGAAAACGACAAUGAAACACUAUCCGCAGUCACCGGGCUUACGGUCGAACAAAUCAGUAAACUUCUCAAAAAAGCAUUGAUUAUUAAACGUGUGGUUCAUGUCACCGGGAAGGGAAAAAUGCAGUUGAUGUAUUCGUUGGUUGUGGUGGGAAACGGAGAAGGUGUCGCCGGUUAUGGCGAAGGAAAACACGAGGAGGUGAUCAUGGCGAUAAAGAAAGCGACUAAUGUCGCUAUAAAGAAUUUACAUUAUUUUGAGAGGUAUGAUGAGCGGACGAUAUACCAUGAUAUUGAACAUAAGUUUGGGGCGUCACGAUUGAAGUUGAUGGCGAGACCACCUGGCUUUGGUCUUCGUUGCAAUCAUUAUGUUCAUGAGAUUUGUAAAUGUGUGGGAAUUCACGAUUUGACAGGUAAAGUGCGUGGUUCGACUAAUGGUAUGAAUGUAAUCAAAGCUACUUUUGAAGCGUUAGCGGCUCAAAGAUUGCCACAAGAUAUUGCGAGACAAAGGG